UACGUAAAUACUGGAAUAGUAUAGUGGAAUCAUAUGCCUUUAAUUUCAUCUUCUUUCGGGAACCCGUAAUUGUCUCUCCUCAAUCCUCGCAUGUCUGGUCGGUCAAUUCCUUGCUCAUUUUUCACAGCUCUGUGUAUAUAUAUAUACACACACACACACAUCUCUCUCGCACCAAUACAUUUCAAACCCACAGCUAUACAAAACCCUAGAACCCUUCGUCCUGUUUGUUUGUUUGUUUGUUGUUGUUCUUGAUGGCUUCCUUUGUAGCGAGGUAUUAUAGUUUUUGCCUCCUCGUGGCGUUUUUUUGCUUCAGUGUCAACGUUAACGCAAGAGAGGGGAAGCUCUUCUUUAGCAAGUUCACUCACUUAGGUGCUAACAGUGACGUGGGCCCAAAUCCUAAACCGACCCAUGUUUCUCCGGCUCCGGCACCGGCUCCCGGUCCGGUCCAAGUGGGUGGACGAACCGGAGAUGGCCAUUUUGGACCAGGGUCCGGGAUGAUUCCACAGACUAAAGAGUCGUGGCCAGUACCAUCAUCAUCAUCAUCUACCACCACGGAUGAAGAAUUUGACAAGCUUAUGGAAAAGUUCGAUCAGGACAAAGGUUAUGGGAAGACGGAUAGAUCGGAAGUGGAAAACUACGACCUCGACAAGUUAAGUGAAGAGUUUGACGAGGAAGAAAGCUCCGAUGAUUCCGAAGACACAAAUGGGCAAAAGGGUGAGUACCGUUACAACAGCAACAACAACAAUGGGUAUACUUACAGUACUACUGCUAUGAGCUACAAGAGCAACCAUUACAAUGAAAACGCGAGAGGGUACGGCGGAGAGAGACAGGGGAUGAGCGAUACGAGGUUUAUGGAGAAUGGAAAGUACUACUAUGGCGUCGACCCAAACCCUGAAAAUGGCGAAAAUACCCCUAACCGGUACGAGAAUGCUCGGGAGAACUACCAUACGAACGAAUAUGAGACCAUGGAAGAGUACUACAAGAGCUUGGAGGGUUCAGAGGAGUCCAUGCCUUAAGAACAAAUACACAAAGUAUUUGUAAUUGUGUCAUGUCAUUUUAAAACACAUUCUAAGUUAAAAUACUUUUGGGUUUUAUACUCUUCA